AUGGCGGAGAGUUGCAUUAUAUUUAUGUCUUUCCCUCACUCACUUCAAUAUGUGUUACAGCCAUUGCAGGCGCGGCCAGUGCUCAGUAAAGGCAUGUACAACUAUAACUUGACCUGGCUGGUGUUAGGACCUGAAUUACGUAUUGCAAGGUGGUCCCAGCUACAGCUGUCGAUCAACAUUGGGGUCGCGGCGCUAUCCCGGCUGGACUGUGUGGAGAUAUCAACCCUCAGGUUUACAAGUUUACCAAACACAGUAGGGUUUACAGUUAAUGAUACGCGUUCAAAAGUCGCUGAACUGGGAGCAAAUGUCUUACUUCUCUGUGAAGUAGACCCACCUGCUAAAGCCUUGAUCAAUGGCAGCGGUCUUGGACAGGUGAAAGAAAUCCAAUCUAACACGUCAGUCUUGGAGCUGGUUCUAGAAGAUCUACAAUGUGAAGACUCGGGACGAUAUUUUUGUAUGGAAGACAAAGACAAGACGAAGGCUUAUAAUUCAGUAGAUGUCAAUAUUGGGUGUGUCCUGAAAGUCAGACACCCAUCACCAGAUAUCCCCACCAUCUACACCACACGUGACCAAAACACAGUUUUCACCCUCGAGGUCUACGGAUAUCCCGAGCCGAACAAAUUUGGUCUAAAAAUAGAAUCGGGGAAUUCCUUCACUGACGUCGACAAAAGCACCUACAGUAUCUCCUACCUGAGCCUGGUGCCACCAUUUGGUGUGGUCACCGUGACCUUGUAUGAUAAGAUGACCAAGGCCGUUACGACCUACUUGUUGACCAUGGAGAACACAGAAGGGAAGUUGGAUGUGAAGUUUGAAGUCAUUAAUCAAGAUGUGGAGAACACGACUGAUAUGUCAACGUUUUGGAUCAAGUUUGGUGUAGGUAUCGGCUGUUCAGUGCUGGGUAUUGCCAUGGUCAUUGGUCUGGUUGUGUUAUACGUUAGGUGGUACAAGCGUAGGUCAAGACAGAGUGAUGGCAAGACGUCCAGUGUGUUGAACACUACAGCGGGAGACUAUGGAGAACGAAGAACGAUAAGAAGCGCCUCAUUUUCAACAAACUGAUUCCUGCAAUAUUGUUGAGUUACCUACCUUGAAAUGUUAGAAAACGUAUUAAGGCCACUUAGCCUCGCCUAUCGUUGAAGAAUAUUACAAAUUUAUUCGCUCUGCAUGGUAGUA